AACCCCAAAAUUUCAUCGUCGUCUCACAUCCAACAUCUUCUCUCACCGAAAAACAAGCAAAACAAACAGAAAAGAGAGGAGAGAGAAAACCAAAAUCAACAAAAAUGGCGGAACAUCUAGCAUCGAUAUUCGGGACAGAGAAAGACAGAGUGAACUGUCCAUUCUACUUCAAGAUCGGAGCUUGUAGACAUGGAGAUCGUUGCUCAAGGCUUCAUACUAAGCCUAGUAUUAGCCCUACUUUGUUGCUUGCUAAUAUGUAUCAACGCCCUGAUAUGAUUACUCCUGGUGUUGAUCCUCAAGGACAGCCUCUUGAUCCUCGCAAAAUUCAACAACAUUUUGAGGAUUUUUAUGAGGAUUUAUUUGAGGAACUAAGCAAGUAUGGGGAGAUUGAAAGUCUCAACAUCUGUGACAAUUUGGCUGACCACAUGGUUGGGAAUGUUUAUGUGCAGUUCAGAGAGGAAGAACAUGCUGGCGAGGCACUACGAAACUUGAGUGGAAGAUUUUAUGCCGGUCGUCCAAUCAUUGUUGAUUUUUCUCCUGUAACGGACUUCAGAGAAGCAACCUGCAGACAGUAUGAGGAAAAUGUGUGCAAUCGUGGAGGUUACUGCAACUUUAUGCAUUUGAAAAAAAUUAGCAGGGAGCUUAGGCGACAGUUGUUUGGAAGGUACAGAAGGAGGCAUAGCCGUAGUAGAAGUCGCAGUCCUCAAGCACAUCGGGGGCAUGGAGAUCGUCCACAUGGUGGCCGUGGUUAUGGUAGAAGAGAUGAUGAUAGAAAUCAGCGGUACCAUGACAAGGGAAGAAGGCCUAGAAGCCGUAGCCCUGGGCAUAGAGGACGAAGCAGAAGCCCUCCCGGCAGGAGGGAUAGGAGUCCAGUGAGGGAGAAUAGUGAGGAGAGAAGAGCAAAGAUUGCACAAUGGAACAGGGAAAAGGAACAGGCAGACACUGGUAAUAACGAUGUUAAUCAUGAUGUCACUGACAACCAUGCAAAUGGAUUUCAGGACAAUGGGGAGGAUUACUAUGACCAUCCUCAGCAGUAACUGGAUGAAGUGCACAAGCAGGCUUUAUUCACUACUUCUGGUGGAGUACAGGUUCAUUGCUUAAUGAUUUAAGUAGAAUCUUUUUCCAACUUUUGAAAUGGUAAAGAAAAGAUGUCUUUAAAAUUGAAAAUAAAGCAGGAACUUCCAUCUCCUUAGUGUACCCAUCUUUAACUUAUGCAUGGUCAUAUAAUCAUAUUCCCCUGUCCAAGCCAUUAGUUGGUAGAGCUGACAGCAGGCUGGGCCUGGCCAGGUUCCUGGCCCAGAUAUGACGCAGAAAAGCUUAUGAUUUUGAGAGACCACCUUGUGUGUGCAUGUUUUUUAGAAAAAAAAAUUGAUUUUUUAAGUUAAAUGAAUUUGAAAAAAAUGUUCACUGAUAAAUAUGAAUUUUUUUGUAAAUGAACAUCAAAAAUAGCUGCAGCAUUGUAUUUUUCGUAUGCUUUAAAAUCUUCUUAAAUUUACUAACACUUUUUUUGCUAAAAGUUCGAAGAAGAGUACAGAAUAAAACGAGCAAUUAUGAACGAAGCAAGAAAACAUGGCUAACUUAAUUUUUGAAUAAGUUUAUGAUUUGGGGGGGAUAUAUAUGCUCGUUUGGCAGGUAUAUGAAGUAUGAGUUAAGCAUUUGGCUAAAACCUUGUAGUAGGAAUAAGAAUGUGAAUUAGGAAUUUGCUUUAAUGUCUUCUCACCUUCACAACUCUUCUAAUUCAUUGAAUCAGGGUGACAAUGUUGUACGUCAGUUGAUGUUAAGCUACCUAACAUUUGCCUUCAUAGAGUAUUUUAAUCUAUCACUGCUUAAAGCUAUGAGCUAUGCCAGGUGCUCCGGAAUUUUAUGACUUGGGCCAAUAAUCAUGUCAGCCUGUUGCAAACCUAAUAAGCAAAACUUUUGGUGCUCAAUGAAUGAAUCUUUGCAUUAGAUCUGAUGGCCAUUAUCGGCUCUUGGUUUGACAAUUGUCAUAUGUAGAGCUUGUUCAUGCUUCUGACAGUCUAUGUUACUCACUUGCGAACUCGCAUACAAGCUUCUGACUCGUCUACUUUGUGAAACUUUUCCAUGUUUUGGUCCAAAAAUGAAGUGUUAUGAGUUAUGACUAAUACAAUAAUAAUUAAAGAACAACAUCGAGUUUUAACGUGGUUCAUUAACAAUGUAUUAGUUACAAACACGGUAAGAGGAGAAAUGAUUUUUUGUGAAAGAGAAUACAGAUUAUAAAAUAAUAGGGGCAGGAGUUAAUUAGAAGGUUAUAAAUGUCAGAGAGUUGACAUGGACAACUCAUCAUCCAAAUUUUUUCUAGAAGAGGGCAUAAAGUUGACUCAUGCCUUCCUUAUUUAGACUCUUCAUUAGUUUGUGGAUUAUCUUGAUGUUCUUAUCAUGACUUUUGGGAAUUGGCGAACAAGAACUUGAUGAAUUCUGGAUAGGUGCAUUGAUUAAUUCAAACUGGCUUGAUCCUUUCUCUUUUCUGUUUACCUUGCUGAUACAUGGUUUCAGAGACCACUAGUUAUAUGUUAUAUCUGGUUAGCAUUAGCUUUUAGCCUUUCUUCUUCAGUGUCCUGUUAGUUGCAUGCAUCAAUCCUGAACAUGACGAUUUUGUUCAUAUGCAAUGUGGGGAAGAAAAUAAUUUUUCCGGCUCUGCCCCUAAAUCCAUUGCCAUUAGUAGGUUUUUCUUGAUGAUUUUGUGGGAAGUAUUGAAUGUUCUACUUUUUCCAGUUAAUCUUACGUAGUUUUUCAAGGUGUGCAGGUCCAGGUUUUCCUGCAAGAGGGCAGAGACCUCAGUCUUAUAUAGCAGCUUAUUGUGAUGUUUUUAUACAGGUUUGCUGUUAUCAGAGUCUGCUCGUUUGCAGGAUUUUUCGAAGUUCAGUGAUUGAAGAUUUUAUCAUGUAAUGAAGCUUCUGCCUAAUGGGGUAUUAGAUAUUAUCUGAAGACCUUGCUGUGUCAAAAACUUUCUGCCUAAUGAUUGGUAGUGGUAGACGCGGCUAUAAAUUUCAUCUUUGUUUUGAAGGCUUGUUAGCACUUUAGCAGUGAUCACUAGAAAUUGAGAUAGUACUUGCUGAAAAUUUGUUUUAUUCCGGUUUCAUGUACUCUUUAAAGUGAUUGUACUAUUUGAUUUUAAUGUGCAACCUUCAUUGUCCAUCUUUUGCAAUCUCAUAUAGCACUAUUUAUUUUUAGUGUGAGUCACGGCUCACCUUCUUA